AUGAGUGACAAGGAAUACGUCUACGGCGGCGAUGGCGCCCGCGACGAGAAGACUAUGGGCCCCAAUGACUAUCCCCAUGAGCACAUCCGCGGUCUGGAGACGGACCCCGACUCUAUGCUGCAUCGUGGGCUCAAGGCUCGUCACAUUAGCAUGAUUGCCAUUGGCGGUGCCCUUGGUACUGGUCUCAUUGUCGGCACCGGAAAGGCUCUUGCCCAAGCUGGACCUGGCUCUCUCUUCAUCUCCUACCUCUUUGUCGGAUGUCUCGUCUUCAUGGUCAUGGCCGCGCUCGGCGAGAUGGCCGCUUGGAUACCCCUCCACUCUGGUUUUACUGGUUACGCUACCCGCUACUGCCACCCUUCUCUUGGAUUUGCCCUCGGCUGGUGCUAUCUUAUGAAGUACCUGGUCAUCACGCCCAACCAAUUGACAGCUGCUGCCCUUGUCAUCCAAUACUGGGUCAAGCCCGAAAAAGUGAACCCCGGUGUCUUUGUCGCCAUCUUCCUCGUCGCCAUCCUGUGCAUCAACUACUUUGGUGGCAUCAAGUUCUUUGGCGAGUUUGAGUUCUGGCUGUCGUCGUUCAAAGUCAUUGUCAUCAUUGCCAUCAUCCUCUUUGCUCUCGUCAUCGCCUGCGGCGGUGGCCCCAACCAUGAUGCGACUGGCUUCCGCUACUGGUCCAACCCUGGCGCUUUUGCUGAACUCAAGGGAUACUCGACCGGCUCCCUCGGCCGAUUCCUGGGUUUCUGGUCUGUCAUGGUCAACGCCACCUUUGCUUACCUCGGUACCGAGCUUGUCGGUGUCACUGCGGGCGAGGCGCAGAACCCACGCCGAACGAUCCCCAAGGCCAUUCGCCUGACUUUUUACCGAAUUCUCGUCUUCUACUGCCUCAGCGUCCUGUUGGUUGGCAUGAUUGUCCCCUACAAUUCCCCAGAGCUCGCUUUCGCCAACAAGCAAAGUUCGAAGGGCUCAACUGCUGCCUCCUCUCCUUUUGUCGUUGCUGCCCAGCUUGCUGGUGUCAAGGUCCUCCCCCACAUCAUCAACGCCUGUAUCCUGGUUUUCGUGUUUUCUGCCUCCAACUCCGAUCUUUACAUUGCCAGCCGUACCCUCUACGGCCUUGCUUCGGACGAGUCGGCCCCGGCCAUUUUCAAGCGCACUGACCGUCGCGGUGUCCCGUACGUCGCCCUCGGCACUGCCGCUCUCUUUGCCUGCCUGGCAUUUAUGAACGUGAGCAGCGAUUCCAAGACCGUCUUCAGCUACUUUGUCAACCUUACGACCGUUUUCGGUCUUUUGGCGUGGAUUUCCAUCUUGGUCACCCAUUUGUACUUUGUCAAGGCCCGUGAAGCCCAAAACAUCCCCAAGUCGGCCAUGCCCUUCACUGCGCCGCAGGGCUACUGGGGAAGUGUCAUUGCGCUCUUCUUCUGCUGCUUGAUCUGCCUUACCAAGAAUUUUACCGUCUUCAUUCACACAGCGGACACCAAGUUUGCGUACAAGGACUUUAUCACCGGCUAUAUUGGCAUUCCCGUCUACCUCAUCUUCCUGUUUGGGCACAUGAUUAUCACUAAAUCUCGCCCUGUCAAGCCUCACGAGGCUGAUUUCUACACCGGAAAGAACAUCAUCGACAACGAAGAGCAAGAGUACCUCGAGAACCUGAAGCUGGACCGUGCCCAGAGCAAGGGAGCUCGCAAGUUCUACCACCGCUACAUCUCUUGGCUUUUCUAA